AUGAGACGGCUACUAAAUGUGGAUCAGGCACUGAAACUCUUUUUUGAGUUGGAAGAAAAUGCGGAGCCAGACUCUGAGCCGGAGAGUGACGAGUGUGACGAUGAAGUGGACGAUCCACUUUUUGUUCUAGAAGAGGUAAAGAGAGAAGGAGAGGAGGAGCAGCCUCUGACAUCUAAACAGAGUGUUAGUAGGAGGUCUGCAGAGAGACAGGGAAGGCGUGACAUGCCCACCAGGUCCAGAUCUCCACUGCCUCAGGCAGCGGAGCCACAUCUCAGCUCUGAGCCCUGGAAGACAGAGGGGGAUGCUGACAUUACCCCAGAAUGUAGCAGGUUUCAGCCACGGAAAACACCAGGAGUCCAGAUAGAGACACUUUGCCCCCAAAGCCCCAAAGAUCUUUUCAUAUUGUUUUUUGCUACUGACACAGUCAGUACAAUUUGUGCAAACACAAACAAAAAUGCUACAAAAAAUCAGCAUUUAGGCAAAAAAUACAAAUGGACUGAUGUAGAGACAGAACAUCUCUAUCAGUUUUUUGGCCUCCUGAUUUACAUGUCACUUGUGUCACUUCCAAGUCUCAGAGAUUACUGGAGGCAAAAUCAUAUCUUGUCUGUGCCCCUUCCAUCCAAAGUGAUGACGAGAGACAGGUUCCGCAGCAUAUUUUGGAACAUCCACCUUAGUGAUCCUGAGGAGGAUCUAAAAAAUGAUGCAAAGAAGGGAACACCAGGCCAUGACAAGCUUUUUAGAAUCAGGCCUCUAUAUGAUGAGAUCCUCAGUGCCUGCCAGGCGUAUUACCACCCAAGGAGGGAGUUGUCAGUAGAUGAAAGGAUGGUGGCAACCAAAACAAAAACUGGGAUGACACAAUAUAUGAAAGACAAACCGACUAAAUGGGGGAUGAAAAUGUUUAUAUUGGCUGAAUCAAGAAGUGGCUACACCAUCAGCUUUACCAUAUACACUGGCAAGAAUCAAACUGCAAGUGAGCAUGGGCUGGCCUAUGAUGUGGUGAUGAAUCUUAUUCAGCCUUCCUGUCUUGGCACUGGGUACCAUAUCUACAUGGACAAUUUUUAUACAAGUCCCAGACUGUUCCUGGACCUGACAAGCAUGAGAUUUGGUGCAUGUGGCACCUACAGGGAAAACAGAAAAGGGUGUCCCAAAGACAGGGCAAAUGCUCUGAACAGAAAAUGCCCAAGGGGAUCUGUGAGAUGGAUCAGAGAGGGCCCACUUGUUUUUGUGAAGUGGAUGGACACACGGAAGGUGUCUGUGUGCUCCACCAUCCAUCCUGCAUUUUCAGGGGAGACGGUGAAGAGAAAGGUGAAGGAUAGAGAUGGACACUGGGCUACGAGAGAAAUCCCCUGUCCCACACCAAUCAAGGCAUAUAACAAAAACAUGGGUGGGGUUGACCUGUCUGACCAGCUCAUUCAGUAUUAUUCCACUCACAUGUUGCUGCAUUUUUUGGACAUUGCGACCACAAAUGCAUUCAUCAUGCAUCGUGAGAUGUGCAGUGCCAAGCAGGUUCAGCCCAUGGCACACAAAGAUUUCAUGGUGGAGCUGGUGUGUCAGCUUUGUGGCAUGGACAAGACAGGUGUUCCCCACAGCAGGAGAGCUGAACACAUUCCUGUUCCCAUUCUCACAGACACAGAUGCUGCCCAGAAAGCCACUAAAGGCAGACUCAAAUGUAAGCGCUGUCUCCAGGAAGACAACAGGAGGAGUGACACACCUUGGAAGUGUCAAGCCUGUGGUGUUCCCCUGUGUCUUGUGGUGGACAGGAACUGUUUUCUUGAAUGGCACAAAUGA